AUGAAUAAAGUGACAAUUAUAAUAAAUGGUUCAGAUACCAAAACAGACAAGAGAGGAAGAAGUGACAAAGUAAUAUUUUGUUGUGAUAAAGGUGGAAAAUACAAAGAAGGAGAUAGUGUAACACAAAGUGCUACUAAGAAAUGUGGUUGUCCAUUCAAAAUUAGAUCAACACCGUCAAAAGAUGAUUAUGGUUGGAAGAUUGAUGUAAAAUGUGGAUUUCUCAACCAUGGCUUACCAGAUAGAUUUGAAGGUCCUUCGUUUGUAGGUCGACUAAAUGCUGAUGAACAAUUUGACAAAAUGUCAUGUUCCACCAAGACACGUACUAUUUUUAUUGCAAGAGCUAGAUCCAGAGAAUGUGAUUCGGGGAUCACGCAAAUAUAUAAACAUAAGAGUAAGAUUCAGAUAGACAUCAUGGGUCCUAGAACGGAAAUGCAACAUUUGUUUAAGCUGAUAGAGGAUUCAGAUUAUGUUUACUGGAAUAGAAAAAAAGACGAGUUAGAAGUUGUGAGAGAUAUCUCCUGGGCCCAUCCAGAAUCAGUGAAAUUGUUGAAUACGUUUCCUAAUGUGUUGAUUAUGUUUCCAAAAUAUGUUAGAUUAUAA